GCCCCGUCCCUAGCUUAUUUGUUGUUUACGAUGCCGGUUUACAGGCGCCAAGCCAUAAGCCACUUGACUCUCUCGGAAAGACAACAGCUCCAACAGCAGCCUUGUCUUCACCCGGCCAUCUCUUUUUGGCCUUUGAAGUUUCUGCAUCGUGCCACGAACGUGUUCUUGAUACCCGCUUUUUCUCUUCAUACUCGGUCGACUUCAAAGAAAACCCCACCGACCUCGGUCUAACGCAAACACGUCGCGUGGCCACCGGCAUCCAGGACGAUGGAUAAACCCGUCAACGACACUUCUGUGUCCGCCGGCGCGCCGGAGAAACGCGAUCACGUCGACGAGAUACCCCCGAAAGAGCUCGGAAACACACAGGAGGUGGUGGAGGAUGUGGAAAAACGGGAGUACCUUUCCGGUGUCCAGCUCUGGCUGGUGCUUGCCUCGGUCACUCUUGUUGCCUUUGUCAUGCUCCUCGACAUGUCCAUCAUCGUGACGGCAAUUCCUCAAAUCACAAACGACUUCCACUCCCUUGGCGACGUCGGGUGGUACGGCAGCGCCUUUCUCCUGGCCAACUGCGCCCUGCAGCCUCUAGCUGGCCGGCUAUACACAUUGACGAGCUACAAGUACACUUUCCUUGCCUUCCUCUUCGUCUUCGAGGUCGGAUCUGCCGUUUGCGGAUCUGCCCAGUCGUCCAAGGCAUUGAUAGUCGGCCGAGCCGUGGCCGGCAUUGGUGGCUCUGGUAUCAUGAACGGUGCCCUCACCAUCGUCUCUGCCAGUUCCCCCAUAGACAAGCAACCGCUCAUGGUAGGGACCAUGAUGGGAUUGAGCCAAAUGGGCAUCGUGUGUGGACCGCUCGUUGGAGGCGCUUUCACACAGGGAGCUAGUUGGCGAUGGUGCUUUUACGUCAACCUACCCAUUGGUGCUCUGGCGGCUGUUCUGCUCCUCACCAUUCGUAUCCCUGAUCAUCGCUCCCCUGAGAUUGCGUCUGGUCAAACGCGUCUGAGAACCAUACUUUCCAAACUCGACCUGACUGGCUUCCUCUUUUUUGCUGGUUUCGCCGUCAUGAUAGAGCUGGCGCUCUCGUGGGGAGGGUCCGACUACCCCUGGAACAGUCCUACCGUGAUCGGCCUGUUUUGCGGGGCCGGCGUCUCCUUGGCCAUCUUUGUGGCAUGGGAGCACCGCGUCGGUGACGAUGCCAUGAUCCCAGGCUCUGUUGCCUGCCGGCGUGAAGUCUGGAGUGCUUCUCUUUACCUAGGCUUCUUUUCUGGCGCGUUACUAUGCUUCUCAUACUACAUGCCCAUCUACUUCCAAGCGGUCAAAGGAGCAUCCGCCCUUAUGAGCGGUGUUUAUCUCCUCUCUGGGAUCUUGCCUCAGCUGGUCAUGGCCAUCUUGUCCGGCGCACUCAUUGGAAAAAUGGGAUACUAUUUACCCUGGGCAUUGGCUAGUUCCGCCAUCAUGCUUGUUGGCGCUGGUUUGACGACAACCCUAACGGUCAAGGCAACGGUUGCCCAGUGGGUUAUGUAUCAGUUCGUCGCCGGAUUUGGUCGAGGCUGUGGCAUGCAAACGCCCGUCAUUGCGAUCCAGAACACACUCCCAGCCAAGCAAAUCCCGCUCGGCAUGUCACUAGUCAUCUUCACACAGACCUUCGGAGGGUCUCUCGCGCUGACGAUUGCGCAACUCGUCUUCAACAGCUGCUUGGAAGCGGCCAUUCCUAAGUUCGCCCCCACGGCAAACGUGGGCGCCAUAACCUAUGCUGGCGCGACCGGUUUCUCCUCGGUGGUCACCCCAGACGAGCUUCCCGGCGUUUUGCGCUCCUACGCCUAUGCCAUCGACAAGACUUUUUACGUUGCGCUGGGUGCUUCAGCAGGGACAUUUUUGUUUGCCUGGGGCAUGGGAUGGCGAAAGAUCCAACAAAAGAAGGGCAAUGAUACUUCGGGCGUUCAAAGUCAACCAGUGGCGGGUAAUGGAAGCAGAACAGAAAGCAACGAGGUUUAGAUGUUUUGUGAGAGGACUUGAUUACCCAAGUCAAGUGGGCGCUCGCUGAAGUGGCAUCUGUAGAGAUGAAUGGUGUGGUGGGUGGAAGAGUCAGCCUUCGACUAUGGCAGGAACGUUUUCUAUGGACAUUAUUACCGUUUUUAAUACCAAGGGACACUGAUUGGAGGUCUUGCAGCCUGACACGAAUCCAAGGUGGGUUCGUUUGUAUCUUUUU